CCUUCCCCCGCGGUUUAUUUAUUUCGUCGCGGUUGACUCGCUCCCCUUCCCCCCCUCCCCCCUCGCCACCCACCUCCGCCUCCGCCGCCGUCGAGUGGUUGGCGCCGCCGACGAAGAGCAUAUGGCCUCGUCUUCCUCCUCCUCCUCGUCGUCGCUCGCCUCCUCCUCGGGUGGAGGCGACGCUGCUUCUGCUUCUGCUUCUGCCUCUGCUGCUGCGGCGGCGGGCGCGAUCGUCGUGGCGGUGGCGGUGCGCGGGGACGGGCGCGCCAGCCGCCGCGCGGCGAGGUGGGCGGCCGCCAACCUCGCCGCCCACGGCGCCGGGGCCGGGCGCGUCGCGCUCGUCCACGUCAUCCCCCCCGUCUCCUUCGUCCCCUCCCCCUCGGGGGAGAGGGUGCCGGUGGAGAAGAUGGACGCGGAGACGGUGGAGAUGUACGCGGAGGACCGCCGCGCGCGUGCGCAGGAGGAGGUCUUCCUCCCCCUGCGCCGCCUCUUCGCCCGCACAACCGUGGAGACGGUGAUUCUGGAGGAGCCGAGCGUCACGGCGGCGCUGGUCAGGUACGCGGCGGACUCCGGCGUCCGCAACCUCGUGGUUGGAUCCACCUCCCUCAACUGGUUCAAAAGGAUAUUACGGCUCCGAGAUGUGCCCUCUACUGUCCUGAAAGCUAUGCCAUGUUCGUGCAAUGUAUUUGUUGUGUCCAGGCACAGAUUGACUAUUAAGUUUGCAAAUCAGGCUCGAACAAGCAAGUCAAGCGCUUGUGUAAGGACUCAGUCAAUCAGUCAUAAAUCAUUUUCCCGAAUACAGAAGAACUGGCUGCUAGACAAACAAUCUUUGCAUGACCACCCUGAGGAUGGAACACCAAAAUCUUCUGGAGAUACGAGUUAUGCAGGCUCUCAUACCUGCAGCUCUCGUAGCACUUCUACUAAUGCUGGUAAAAGUUCAGGAAGUCAUGGAAGAAGCCUUUUUGGAAGCUUAGGGCGAAAAACACCGGGCAGAGAUGUGAACACGGAUCCCGAUGCUAUUGGCCGAUUGAAGGAAAUCCCUUAUGUUGCCUUGAGCUCAAUUGAUGAGGAUCUGCAGUCUCAACCAGUAGAUGAAGUAGCAAAACUGAGAAAGGAAUUGCAGGAUACGUUAGUGAUGUAUGAUAAAGCUUGUGAAGAUCUCGUCCAUGCCAAGAAAAAGAUUAAGGUUCUUUCUAGUGAGUGUACUGAGGAAGCGAAGAAGGUGCAAGAUGCACUACAUAGGGAGGAAUUGUUGAAGCAGAAGGUUGCAGAUGAGAAGACCAGACAUCUAGAAGCUGUUACAGAAGUUGAGAUGGCAAAAACUUUGUUCGCUCAGGAGGCUUUUUCCAAGCAUAAGGCUGAAAUAGUAGCUGAUAUGGUGAUUGCUGAGAAGACAAAGGUUAUGGAUGCUCUUCUGUCAACUGGCAAAAGUUGCAGGCGGUACUCAAAACGUGAAAUACAGCUUGCCACCGAUAACUUCUCCGAUGCAAAGAAGAUUGGUGAGGGGGGCUAUGGGAAUGUGUACAGGUGUACCCUUGAUCAUACUGAAGUAGCUGUCAAGGUUAUUCAGCAAGAUUCCAGUGACAAGAUUGAUGAGUUCUUGAGAGAGGUCGAGAUCCUCAGCCAACUUCACCAUCCCAACUUAGUUCUUCUGCUUGGUUUCUGCCCUGAAAUUGGAUGCCUCGUGUAUGAAUACAUGGAGAAUGGAAGUCUAGAAGAUCAACUUAUUAACAACAAAGGUCAGCAAUCACUACAUUGGUUCCUGCGCAUCCAAAUCAUCUUUGAGGUGGCUUGUGGGCUUGCUUUCUUGCAUGCAACGAAACCAGAGCCCAUUGUCCAUCGUGACCUGAAGCCUGGAAACAUAUUGCUCGACAAGAACUACGUCAGCAAAAUUGGUGAUGUAGGUCUUGCCAAGCUCAUAUCAGAUAUUGUGCCGGAAGGGCUCACAGAGUACAGAGAUACUGCAGUUGCCGGCACACUGUAUUACAUGGAUCCGGAAUACCAGUUAACUGGGACAAUUCGUCCGAAAUCUGAUGUUUAUGCUCUGGGGAUCAUCAUUCUUCAACUACUGACUGGCAAGCGCCCACACGGGCUGAUACUUAGUGCAGAAGAAGCGAUAAAAAAAGACUCAAUUUCCGAUGUUCUUGACAGUUCUCAGAUUGAUUGGCCAAUCGCUGAGGCAGAGAUCUUGGCAAAAUUGGCGGUGCGGUGUACAGCUUUAAAAUGUAGAGACAGGCCUAGCCUUGAAUCGGAGGUGCUGCCAGAGAUCGAGAGCAUUCUGAGCAGAAUUACUGCUUCUCCCACAUUAAGAAGUCCAAACGCAGCUGUGCCGAGCCACUUCAUCUGCCCAAUAUUGCAGGAGGUAAUGGAUGACCCUUAUGUUGCUGCUGAUGGGCACACCUACGAGCACAGGGCAAUAAAAGCUUGGCUCAAGAAACACAAGACAUCCCCUGUCACAAAACAAAGGCUCCAAUAUUUAUCCAUAAUUCCCAACCAUUCCUUGCGUGUGGCGAUACAACAAUGGAAAUCGCAGUCAUCUUGAUGUAGUUAUGGGAUUUACUACUUUCUUUGUGGCUUAUGCAGUUUGGGUUAGUUAGAAUUUUUAUGUUCCACUGAGAUAGCUGUACAUCAUGGUAGCACAGGGACAUGGUUUUGUUAGCUUAAGGGUUGGUCACGUUCAGAGAAGCCUAAAGCCUAACAUGGCUUCUUGCUAUUCAAAGACUUAAAACAGCUGCUGAAUUCAAUCCCCCCCCCCCCCCCUAAUGCUAGUGUGGUUUGGUGGCAACCAAAAUUCCUUUUCUUUUAGUUCUUUGUAUGCUGUUAAUUAAUUGUUCAGCUCUGGUCUAAAAAAUAAUUGUUCAGUAUCUUUGUUCCUCAGGAACACAA